CUACUUCAAAAUAAUCCUAUCCAUAAAACAAAAACAYGCGAAAAAGAAAAACUYCUCUCACAAUACYCAGACCUUGCUAAASACAUGGAAGACUUGACAGAGAAAGUCAAUAACAUACAAAAAGAACUAAAACAUUUAGAGAAAGAAGUGCUGGCAUCAGAGCAAGAGAGUGAAAUUACUUCAAAAGUGGUCUCUGACUUUCAGAAAAGAAAUGCUCUAUUAUCAACCCAUGCUAAGCAUUGUGACAACAUAAUCAAUGCCUAUAAACAACUAAAUACACAGCUUCAUAAUAAAAUGGACAACAUGAAAACAGACAGGCAGUCCAGUGUUGAUACUACAUAUUAUUCAGUUCAACGAGACUCUAGUAAGACAGUACUAAGAACUCCAGCAAGAACAGUCACUAAAGAUAAAAAAGAUGUCCCUGCAUUAGAGUCUUCUUGUACAAGGUUGGUUAGAGAAUCAUGUGKYUCAAURGGGUCAUACUUAAAGACUUUAUGUGAUCAGCCAGACUUGGAUCAAAGUACUGAUGCUGAGAAUGCUGUUKGAGUUAAUAAAGAUCAACUUUGGACACAAGUAGAGGGUAUUCUUAGUAGGCAAUCUGCAGAGGACAUCUUAUCUUCACUGGCUUUGACAACGCAGGACUCAACUAUGAAUUUAAAGGAGCUAACUGCUCUUAUUGACUUAAAGAAGGAUGCUGAAGACCUCAAGUUUUUAUAUCAAAAAGGCAAACUAACAGAUACCUCUCACCCACCAUCAUUGCUUCAAAGUGUCCACCAAUUGAUUGAAGAAGGCCAGUCACAACAUUUUACUUGUUUUCUGGAUGCUGAAAGAGCUGCUAAUGAAGCUUGGAAARUACACAAGGAAUUGAAGAAACUCAGCAAAGAUAUUGAAAACAGAAUGGAGUCCAGGUACAGGGGACUCCCAGGAAGUGCUGAUUUGUCCAGGACCCUCUAUCACAGUGAACUGGAACUAGCAGCAGCCAAGGCCUCAUUGGCAUAUCUACAAUCAGCAAUAAAAAAUCUAGAAAACUCAAGAAUAGAAAAACUGACAGCUUUUGAAACCAUCCAGUCAAAAUAUGACAAGAUAAAAGACUUUGAAAAACUAGCUCAAAUCAAGCAGUCAGUGAUACAAGCUUUAGUCAAACAGAACUUUGCAGCGAGAACCAACCUGGAAAAGCAAAAGCACGAGCUUCUUCACUACAUCCAAAAUAGCAUCUGUCCACAUCAAGCUCAUAUUGUUGCUAUGGCAGCGGGACUUCGCCAUGCUGUAUCACGUGACGUUGACAAGUUUGCCUUGCUUCCGAUAACUCGUCUACAACAUGUCAACAUGCCGAGUGGGGAGAGAAUUCCCGUCGAUGAUUUGACAAUACACCGUCUGCAAAACCUGAGUAACAGACCUGGGGGCGCAGCUAUUGCCCAAGUCUUAGACAAGUUAGACUUUCCUUUUUAUAAGGCUCCAGAAGAGUUGCUUCCAAGAAUUAUGGAAGUGAAAGAAACCGUUGAAGACACGUCGGCAUUAGUCCACAAGAGAGAACAAGACAUCAGUGAAAUGGAAGACGAGAAUUCAACAAAAGAGAUUCUAAAUCAUUUGAACGGUCUGCAGCAAGAAGUCAACCUACAAGACACUUUUGAAWUGAGUCAAAUCGUUCCACAUGUUCAAGAUGGAUUAAACAAAGCGUCCAAAGCAUUGUCGCAAUGCAUCUCGAUCAAGGAUUUGGCUAAUGCCUGGUGGGAGCAGCCGGCACAGUUCUUGGUUCCUUGGGUCAAAGUAGACGAUAUGAAUACUAGGCAAUGGUUAGAUCAAUUGACACUGUACACCACUAGACUACGCCAGUUACAAAUGCAUCACUAGGGUUAGUCAGAUAGAUUAUAACCUUGAGUUUUCCUCCGAAGGGAUCGGAAAUGUCUCCUUGAGCUUGCAAAAGGAAGGGAGGGGACGGUCAGGUGGGCUGCCCAUGGAGGAAGGGAUACGUCGACUGAUAAUUCAACCGAAGUACGAUUUGCCACCACCAAUAGAUAAUUAUAUUGGUGUAUAAUCUAUUAGUGUAUAUAGUGUACAUCGAAGACUUACUUAUUCUACUCUCCUGGUCUUUUUAUUAAAGAAAGAAGAAUUGAUAGCCG